GCCUUUGCGCUUCUCUCGCUGGGACUCGCCUUUACCGGUAUCUUUGCACUGAAUCAUUCUCUGGUCAGCGUCGUUGCGCUCGGUGUCCCGGCCUCUCUUGCAAUUGCCUUUGGAACUGUCUAUAUGUUCUGUGCGGUCGGAGUUUAUGUCUGAGAUACCCAUUGUAUACUAGUUGGCAAGAAAAUCGCAAAAAGAAGGCUCCCAGAGCGAGUUGUUUUGUCUUGCGCCGUCCCUCAUUUCAUUACGCCUACAAGAUUUGUUUUCACACCUGUUCCAUUUAUCCCAACAUUUGACCAUUGCCCAUCCAAAGAGGGCAUUUUUUUCGACAAUGGCUGCAGAAGUAAAGCCUGUCUUUCGAGCGGUCUCGACAUCUCCGAGGCCGCUAUACCAACUUCUCCGCUGCAUAGAUUUUGCACAGAGAGUUCAUGUCCAGAUCACCGAAGAUGGCAUUCGCUUUGCGGCCGAUAAUUCGCGGGUCAUGCAAGGGGUUGCAUUUCUGGACAAGACUCUGUUUUCCGCGUAUACUGUGAACUUUCCUUUGUCAGAAGAUGGCGAGACGCCCGAAUAUCCCAACUUCCAAAUACCAUUAUCGACAUUCCUCGAAAUCUUGCAAAUCUUUGGAUCUGUGGACAUGGCUGCUCGAGCUCAGAAGGCCGACCAAGAUCCAUACCGAAGUAAUUUUCGCAACUACAGGCCAAGUGCGUUUAGCAACCAGACUCUUGGCAUACCUGGGACCUGCACUAUGUUAUACGCCGAAGAGGGCGAUCCGUUCAAGGUCACACUCGAAGAGUCUGGCAUCAAGACUACCUCAGCGCUGUCAACCUAUCUUCCCGAGAUGCCAGAGGAUAUUCCAUUUGACCGUAAUGACUUGACGUUCAAAAUCAUCAUGUCGUCCCGUACCUUGUUUGACUGCAUCGCCGAGAUUAUACCAGCGGGGCCCGUCAAGCUGACUAUAACAGCCACCAAGACUUCGCCAUUCUUAACCCUUUCUUGCGCUGGAGACAUUGGCAGCUCCAGUGUGGACUUUGCUCGAGGAAAGGAUCUACUCGAAACGUUCACCAUCAACGAACGCUGGUCACAGGCAUACAAGUUUGACUUUAUCAGGCAUGCUAGCGAGGCGAUGCGUAUUGCAAGCAAAGUCAGUCUCAGAGGUGACAGCCAGGGCGUCCUGAGCUUACAAUUCAUGGUGGAUGUGGAAGGAGGGAAAAGGAGUUUUCUGGACUUUCGCUUUGUUCCAUUCGCCUCACACGAUGACGGUGAUGAAGAGGACGAUGUUGAAUCGGAAGCAUAUGAUUGAAGUAGUCACCUCUCGUACAGAGUAAUUGAAGCAUGUUUGCAUGAUAGUUUCAUUCUAAUUUUUACUAUGACGUGUCGAACUCAGCCGAUGCCUAGUUCUCCUUUUUUCCAACAAUUCGAGAAUGAAGUCAUCCCUUUCAGACACUAG